CUGUUGGAGAUGCACCUUUAGUUGCCGACCGUAUUUGACUACUGCCCCGAAAAAAAGUGGAUUUCGAAGAGGCUGGCUUCUCUCGCCAAUCUGUCUGUUUCCCCUCUUCUGUCAUACCCGUCUCCAUGGGUAUCCGACGCUGGGAUGUAUGAGCCACUGCAUCUCUCUUUUGACGCCUACCCUAGCGUGGUCCCUCGAGUAAGGGUACGAGGCGUCAUGGCUCUCUUCCUAGCGGUCACCAUUCUUUGGGCCUUGAUUUGGUUAUUGUAUCGCGCAUGGCAAGUCUGUCAGACCCCGAAUGAUGUCUUAGUGGAAAAACUCGGAUUGGACAUCCCUCCGCCACCAGAGGUUACACUAGAGCAGAUUUCCCCCCGUGAGAUUCGCAUUGCUUGGAAACAACCUGAGUUUCACAACUCUAUCCAUAAGCACAUCAUUCAGGUGAAUGGCUCAAAAGUGGGCGAAUCAAAACGAGCGGAAACCGCGGUGGAAAUCUUAAAUCUAGCACCAGGCAACAUAUAUCAUAUCUGCGUUCUUUCCGUCAGUGCAGCCAACUUCCAGACGCCCAGUGCUAUUAUCCAUGUACGGACGCAAUCUCUUCCUUUGUCCCAAGCUCAGCAAAAUGCGCCUGUUGGGGGUCCCACUAUUCGGGCGUCCGUCCCACGAUCGACUGCCGGUCUCGCAGCUCCCUCGGCUCCCGUCAUGUCUCGCGAGCACAGUGGAGGGCAACUUCCGACGAAACGAUCUUCAGCUGGUCGAAAGCAAUCUCCUGCCGCUAGCGGGCCGGAAUCCUCUCAUGGCAACAUAGAAGACUUGCAGAAGAGUACAACAAAUGGGGAUCGUGACGAAACGCUCGAGAAACUCGCCGAUAGGUUAAAGUCAUUGCAGCAGGAAAACGAGAAUGUUGAGAAGCAAACCGCCGAUGAAGAAGAAGAGCACAUCGCGCUCUUGAAGGAGUUGGAGAAGCAGCGUGAUGACUUGAGGAAGCGAGUAAAGGAAAAGGAUGAAGCUAGCGGCGAUCUAAAGAAACACGUUUACAAGUUGGAAAGCGUCAAUCGUACGGUGCAAAGCGAGAAAGCGAAGCGUGAGAGGCUUCUGCAACAGAAGGAAUCCGAGCGCAAGAAGCGCAAGGAUGACAUUGUGCGAUGGCGGGACCGGAUAUCACGAAUGACAGCCGAUGCUGCGCAGGCAAGGGAGGAGAAGACACGUAUAGAAGAGGAUGGGAAAAAGCGUGCGGAUGAGGUACGGGAGAAGAUCGCAAAAGAGCAAGCGGAAAUGAAGGUUAUCGACGAUGAGAUACAGGACAAGGGGGGGCGGGUCAAGAAACUUGAAGAAGAGAGACAGGGGCAUCAAGGUCCAGAUGGUGAAGACGGCAAAGAGUUAGAUCGAAUUGACAACGAGCGUGCUCGGCAGUGGGAAAUCAAGCUAAGCAACCUACACGCCCGAUAUGCUACCCUAGUGAAUAUUCAUGCUCAGGCUCAACAACAAUAUCAGGAGGCCCAAGAGCGUCUGAAGUGGCUGACAACGCAAGGACCCGGAAGCACAGGGCCUUUCUCUCUGCCAGCGCUAGAUCUGGACCUGUCCAACACAGCAACCAUCCGCCCACGUCGUCAUCGCAGCUCUCUGACCAGCAAUGUUUCGUCCCCUAUGAAUUUUACGGCUAUGGAACCUUCGUUUUCUGGUGGUAUCAGUUACAACCCCCCUUCCACGAGCUCGCCUACCUUUGGGCCCAGCUCCGCUUUCUUCAAUAUCAACAACGGAAUGACCAUCCCGGGUCUGUCAAGUCAGGCCGCCGAUGCAAUUUCCGAACUCUCGUUCAGCAACCCUCAAAUGAGCCCCCGGGCUGACGCGUUGCUUCCGUCCGAUCUCCUUGGAGAUGAGGAGUCACCAGAGCUUCCCCGGCCAAUCGCCCGCCCUCAAAUGUCUGAUAUUGAGCAGUCGAGUAGCCAACUUGAAGGUUUCCCACAAGGUCCGCCAUCGCCGGACUCUUCCGAGAGCCGGCCUGGAAGCAUCUUUGCUAGUCCUCAUGAGAAUCAGAACCAGGAGGCUGACUCUCAGCCCUUACGCCUAGGGGAUGCCGCAGAGGCUCCGAAAAGUGCCUCGCGGCGACUCUCUGGUCUGUUCGGCUUCCAUCGUCCUCGCGGUAAAACGCUCGCAGAUGAACCGCCUUUACUAGGCACUUUGAAGCCAGGACAAAGUCAGUCUUUUCCACGAAAUCUGGAUGAAAUGGAUCCCAUCGGUGCCAGGCGCCGCCGUCUGAGCUAUACAGGAAACUGGGCCAAUCCGAUGUCAUUGUUCCCAAGGAGCAACACCACGGGUGUCACCACCGAUAGUUCUUCCGAUCAUAUGCCGUCCCGGCGGGCCGCUUUGACCAGCAUCUUCUCCCCAAGCAGGUUUGGAUUCGGCAGUGGGAGCAGUCUGAUGAAGUCCGGCGAACAUUCUGAUCUCAGUACUGGGUAUAAUCAAUUCAGUCCUAGACAUGAUCCGAUCGACCCUUCGUCAAUUCUCGGUACAGUGCGACGGGGCUCAUUGUCACCAAGGCCAUCGUCGACGUUUUCCUUUGAGAAUCAACUUCCCCAUCCAUCCACAGACAAUCAACAUUUCGGCUGGCCGUCGGCAGAGAAACCGGGCCAUAGAAGCCCUCUGGGAUUCAGCUGGGCUUCACCAUCGACUUGGUCAAGAGCCCAUUCACGCCGUCAGUCCACCUCGUAUGGCUCCUCCGGACACUUGCCUUUGGGACUCACAGGGGAGCCGGAUUUCCUUGAAGACUCUUCUUUUGAAAGACAGGGUCGACCCUUGCAGGCACCCAUUGGUACGAGACCAUCAUCUUCGCAUCGUCCCAUAACUCCGAAACUGAACCCUACUGCGCCCACUUUCAAAACUGUUUUUAGCAGGAGUUCGGAGAAGGGUAAGGAUAAGGAUGGGGAAAUGGUGAUAGACGAUGGAGCAGAUACAUCUUUUGAGUUUCUUAUGGAAGAUGGAUCUCCGUCUGAGCCACGUACCUCGAAGGAAUCUUAUUCCCGUUCACUGACUGCCUUUACUGGGGAUUCAUAUGAGUCUCUCGAACAGAUACAUUCCGGGGCUUCUGCGGAUAACAGUAGCUCGAAAGAGUCGUUCAUCCGGAAGAUCACGCGGAAGGGUAGCUCGGGCAAGUUUAGCUCGUGGAAAGACCGCUCAGGCCUGUUCUCCAAGAAGGGCGAUACCUCCCAGGGUGAUAUCGAAGAAGACGGUAAUGGUGAGUCACUGCUCGCAAAGAGCGUGGACAGCACUGUCUCCAGCGCUCCAUCCGCGGACAGGUCAACCAGAAGCAGCCUUGGAUUCUUCAGUCGCAAGUCUAAGAAGACGGAUAAGGCGGCCAGUGAAACAAGUGAACGGCCCAGUGAACAAGCCAGCGAAACAGGCGGCGAGGAACAUUCAGAGGAUGUCCACACAUGAUGAUACUACUUAUUUCGCUUAGUACACUUAUGGAUUACUGGUUAUUGAGAGUGUGGGGUUCCCCCAGUUGACAGUCUUCACACCGUCGUUGCAUGAUUUCUUUAGAUAUAAAACAUAGGAUAUUAAUCUUUCUUGGAUGGCGCAUGCAUGAUGCCCGGUUGUCUCUUCUUAUAUUUAUUUCAGUCGUUCAAAUUCUUACAUCUCUUUCCGUCAACAUACAUUGAGUUACCAAUCUUAGCACAAUAAAGUAAAGACUUUGCGAAA